CCUGAGAAAAAAAAAACAUUUAGGUGAUUUUUUCUUUCUUGAAAAGCUUAUAAAUUUUAUAGCCACGAAAUAAUUCUUCCAAUUGUCCAUUUCGAGACUAGUUUUGUCUGGUGUGUAUUAUGUUCUUUGCCUAAUAAACCUGCUCACCGUGGCCUUAAAACGAAGAAAGUGUAUCAGACAGCGUGACGGCCUCUAGCGCCCUCUGUUGUUGACCAUCGGCAACGAGAUCCCGUUCACUUUUUAUGAGGAAAGAUUUUUUCGCUCGUUCUUAAUUGUGUGGUAAUAUAACUGAAAUCAUGAUUAGAAUAACAGGUGGAAUACUCUUCCUAUUUUGGACAUCAGUGGUCAUAGGAGCUCCCCAAGCAGAUUAUUAUGGUUCAAGUGAAGACGGAGGAUGUCCGGAAGAGGGAGUGUUCGGCUGGGCACACGAAACAGCUUGUGAUCAAUACUAUAAAUGUACGAAUGGAACAUUCAGUCAUGAACAAUGUCCUAAUGGAUUAGUAUUCGAUGAUAAAAAUCCAGUUCAUGAUUUUUGUGCGUACUACUGGAAAGUGGACUGCGGAAAAAAGACUGUUGAACCUCCCAUUAGCAGCCCUGGCUGUCCUUACCAAUUUGGUAUCUUUCCUUCCGACAGCUGUACUCAUUACAUUCGAUGUGCUUGGGGUGAAGCAAAUGUAACAGACUGCGAAGAGGGUCUUGCCUACCAAGAUGAAUCUCAUUCAUGUGUAUGGCCCGAUGAAGUGAAAGGAUGUGAUAGCGAAGCUAUUGUCGGAUUCAGAUGUCCAGACAAGAUUGUUGGUCUUUCAUCUAAGUUUUAUCCAUUCCCAAGAUAUCCUCAUCCCAAUAAUUGCCAAAAAUUGAUUGUUUGUGUUAAUGAAAAACCACGUCUUCUCAAUUGUGGGUACGGAUCAGCUUUCAACUUGGAUUCCUACACAUGCGAUGCAAUUGAAAACGUUCCUGAUUGCAAAGCAUACUAAAAGUGUUCGCCAACAGAAGAUGAAAAGAAUGCACUGAGAUUACUUCAGAUGAAAAAAUACUGUAUGAUUAUCGCGUAAAUUUAAAUGUUACACAUUAUGAAUCUUGUUAGUUUUUGAUAAUUGUUUUAAAUAUUUGAUCGCUUACCUGAAUGUUAACUUUUUAUAAUAAAAAAGUAUUAUUUUUCACAGUGUUUAUUGUUCAUGCUAUAUUUUAAGCCUAAUCCACUUAUGUUGAAAUAUAAUGUUUUUUAAUCAGAAGAUUGUUAAAAAAAAUGAAUAAAUUAUGUUAAAUAUA